AUGGCUCCAAAGAAGACUGACAUCAAGUCUCGCUCUGCCGUUCGCAAGUCCCAGGCUACGAACUAUAACUUCAAAGACGAAGACACAAUGCUCAUCUGGAAGGCUUUCAAGAUGACCAACAAAGAGAUCAGCCUCGCUGUUCUAGCCGAGGAUCUCAACCUCAACGUUAGUGCAGCUCGCAUGCGCUGGACUCGACUCAAGGCUAAACUCGAGGCCAUCGAGAAAAAGGCAAAUGACAACAAGACUGCUACGGCCGCUGACGCUGUCGCCCCUGCAUUUGCCUCUGCCUCUGCCCCUGGCGAUACCACCAUGGAGGACGUUGACGACCCCGAGGAGUUUAAAGCUGCCAGCAAUGAUGAGGAUGAGAAGUGA